ACAGAAUACAACUGGCAUAAAGACAUGAAAACAUAAGGCAAGUGCUACCUAAUACCUGCACUGUAUUUGAAACUUAGGACUGUUAAGAUAGGACUCGGGAUCAGAUGUUGAAAGCUUUAGAAUUCAAACCCAGGUACCUACCCAAUCUACUUGGUAGAUAUCCAGUACUCACUACCUGGAUGCUGGAGUGGUUUCUAGUUUCAGUUAUGCUCUGAUCCACAUUAUCGUCAUCCAAAAAUUGUCUAUUUUCUCUCAUCUCAACUGACUCAACUGACUCAACUGGUUCAACAAUCUCAACCACCUAAACUCUCCAGCUUCUCCUCCUCUAUCUCAUUACAUCUCGUAAUACCUAUUAGAUUUCAGGCUUCGUUUUUGGGCUCUAUAACCAUACCAUGGCUAAGAAUAAAAAACGAGGUGGCGGCCCUAAAUUGAAGAGCCAAAGAUUUCCUCGUCGCAAUCACUCUGGAGAAUAUGGUGGCACCAACUUGCCAUCAACCUCCCAAGGAUUCGUGCGAGCUCACGGUUAUACCCUUGCGGAUGAGGCUAGGAACACCGCAUCCAAUCGCCGUGGAGCCUUUGGUCGUGACGCGAAAUUGAGAUACAAGCCCGUCACCUUUAUCAGCGCUGGCCUCAUGGACCCGUUGAAAGAAUUGAAUGUUCAGUUAGCUGCCACAGACGAAGCACAAAAAGACACAAGCGACACGGGGGGGUCUCUCGGUACCGACGUAGUUCUCACCGUGGAUUCUCACAUCUUCAAGGGCCAUGUUCCGUCUUCAUCUCCCGAUGAAGAGCCAAGUCCUCACAACCAGUUUUCUAAUGAUACCGGGCUUUCUUUAGAUCCCGAAUCUGAUAUUAGUUGUGAUUCUAGUGAGGAGAUUAUACUAUUUAGGGGAAGGGAUCAUAAUCGCAACCGUCAAAAUGGCGCCGCUGCCAACUCUUUGGAACUCCGUGAUUUAAACCUUGAACUACAAGCAGUCGAAGAGACUCUCCAUGAAGAUACCACUCAAUCGCCAAAUACCAAGAGAGUGAUUACCAAGGCAGAGGAUUUCAUUCCCCUAAGGUCGAAACCUAAAAGACGAGACAGACGACGCGAAAAGGAUCCGGACGCCUCGUCGGAUGACGUAGCCGCUAUACUUGCGGAUUACAUGUCUAACGUCGAGGGUUGGGGAGGAAGGAGUGACAAUGAAGACGUCGGACACCGGGGAAUUGGUUCCCAUAGCUUUAGUGUACUAAGAGAACUUGGCGGUACCGAUAGCGACGCAGUUCCCGACGAAGUCUCCAGCAAAGACGGCGUACCCCACAGCUCGGAAGACGAAAUUGAUGUUGAGAACCAGCAAAUUUGUCUUGAAACGGAGGACGAACGGAUAGCCCGCCUCCUUUCCAAACAAGAGGAAUUGGGCCUUGGCGGCAACGACGUUCUGCUCUUCGAUGGGGAAGCCUCCGACGAUGAGUGGCUUGCACCUACCAAGGCCAACCUACGCCGCAAGAAGAAAGGUGACACCAAGAGUGCUAAGAUAUUCCAUAAGAAAGGCCAAUAUCCAAGCGCAACGCAGAUGGCGGAAGCAUUUGAUGAAUUAGAUCUCAUGGAUUGGCAUCGACCCAGUCUUAAGAAUUUCGAGAAAGGCUCGCCAACGUUUGAUGUAUCCGACUCCGAGCUUAAUGAGGCUAUGAAAGCAACCUGGCAAAAAGACCGUCUAAAGAAGGCAGAGAAAAAGAAGGCCCGCGAAGAGUUGCGAUCACAGGGACUACUCGGUAAAAACACCAAUCCCGACGAUCUCCGCGUUAAAUAUGUCGGGGGCAUGUCCCUUGAUGAUCUUGCUGAUGAGCUUGAAAGCUUUCUCCUUGGCUCACAAGAACAACUCAUUCUACCUCCAUUCGAGAAGACCACCCGCAAAACUAUUCACACCGUGGCCAACAAAUUCAAAAUCAAGUCGCAAUCUGCGGGCAAGGGCAAUGAUAGGUGUCCGGUCCUGUACCGCUCAAAAGCUACGCUUCCAUUUGAUCAAGAUACUUUCGACAAAACAUUUGGCCGCAUCAAGCAGACCUGGUUUCCUCGCGUUGACGCUGACGAGAAGCUAGUGAACGAAAGCAGACUUCUCAAGCGAUCCGAAGUUCGAAACGGCAAGACUCGUUUCAAGAAUUCCCUGACUUAUCGUGACGGCGACAUCGUUGGCCAACACGCCGUAGAGCUUGGAGUAGAGAAUAGGGGAAGAGCAAUGCUGGAAAAAAUGGGAUGGUCAAAGGGAAUGGCUUUGGGAACUGGAGAGAAUAAGGGCAUUAUGGUACCCAUCACUCAUGUGGUGAAGAAAACCAAGGCUGGACUCGGUGACACUUGACGGCGGAUUCAUUCAAUGCUGAUUCGUCGAAAUCAAAUACCUGCUACGAAUCCUCUGGAGUUGCUUAGAAUUAGAGCCGGGAGGCGUACUGUGCGAGUGGCGUUGAUGCGUCCUAUCAUUUUAUCGCAACAAACGAAAUUAGAGCUUAAACCGUCACUGGCCUUCUUCUAGAAAUUUGUUAGACC